UCUAUUUGUACAGAUAGGGUAGGGGGCGCAUUCAACUCUUGUUUGUCUAUUAGUUAUUAGUUUUCAAUUCUUCUCUUCAGAGCGGGGUAGAGCAGUUUGGUAGCUCGCAAGGCUCAUAACCUUGAGGUCACGGGUUCAAAUCCCGUCUCCGCAAUAUCUUUUUUUGUCAACCCUUUUUUAGGUUUGGCUCUGUUAACUAGUAAUUCAUUAACACCUUUUUGUUUUGGGGUGGGAAGAAAAGAAGGACUGGAUAGUAUUACUACACUAUUAUGUCCAACUCUAUAGUGAAACCUUUCUUUAUCUUUUUAUCAUAUGAAAAAAUUACUCAAUCUUAGGCGGAUAGCGGGAAUCGAACCCGCAUCUUCUCCUUGGCAAAGAGAAAUUUUACCAUUCGACCAUAUCCGCAUUUUUUCGUUCUUUAUACACAACAUGUCCACACAUAUAUAUAUAUCAUAUAUACACCUGUAUCCUGUUUUUGCAGUGCCAGACUACAGACUCUCUUCAGGGUGAGUUCAAUUCAUUUACUAAUUUAAUUUUUUUUCAUUCAAAUUCAAGAACAAAAAGUGUGACCCCCCCUCUAAUUUUUUUGUUUUCUUUAUUUUCAUUUUAUUUUGGGGACUUAUAUUGAAUUUUAUUGUAUCUCACAACCCCGAAGAAUUCGGGGGGGUCAUUUCUAUUUUGGAUCUGAAACGAAUAGGUUUAAGAGAUGAGAGAAUUAAGGAUACCCACCAGAAAGACUAAUCCAAUCCAUAAUGAUGUACCAGAAAAUAAAACAUUUUUGUUACUUGACCAACCAUCAGGAGAAGCAAAUACAACAGGUACGCCAAUUAAUAAGAUUGAUGAAGUAGCAAUUAAUGCAAAAACAGCCAAUUGGAAAGCAAGAGUCAUGCUUUUAAUCCUCCAAGCUAUCAACAAAUGAACUAUACCAUUUAAUCCCUAAAAAAAUUGUACUAAAAUACAUCAUAGAGGGAUUAUAACAUAUUUAUUUUCUAUGACUUAUUACUACCCCUUUUUAUUAAUAAAUUAAUAAAUACCAUUUAAUUCGUACACGAAGUAGGGGGGAUAAUGAAAAUUUUUUUCACAAACAAAUGUGCAUGCUGGAUCAUACUUCCUAUAUAGGAUAGAUAGAUUGACCGGGGGAUUCACACCCGAGAUCGUUCUACAGAUAAAUAGUGUUAUAUCCACUCAUAUAGCCAUGUUCUAUUCAGAGGAAUAAAAUAAAAAACAUCUUUCGGAGAGAUGGCUGAGUGGUUGAUAGCUCCGGUCUUGAAAACCGGCAUAGUCUUAAACAAAGAACUAUCGAGGGUUCGAAUCCCUCUCUCUCCUUUUUGCUCGUUGAAUAUAUUUUUUUAUUGGUUUUGCCGGGACAGGGUCAUAACGAAAGAGUAGUGGCUCGGCUAUCCCGCCUAGCCAAGCCAGAAAAGAAGAUUAGAUAUAAAUGAGUUAAAAAAAUGACUUUUUAAAAGUAUGACCUGAUGACCUGAUUCCAAUAUGUAUGAUAGAAUCAAAGUCAUUUAUACUUCAAGUAUUGGAUCUCCUGUCUCACUAAAUCUAUUAAUUAAUCAAUUAAGAGGGGUCAUGGAAAGAACAGGUUCAAAAUCACGAUCAAUUCCUUUUUCAAACCCCGCUGCAGCUGCACGAGCCCUUCCUGCGUGCCACAAAUGACCUACGAACAAGAAGAAUCCUAGAACAAAAUGAGAAGUAGCUAACCAACUUCUAGGAGAGACAUAAUUGACUGCAUUGAUCUCGGUAGCUACACCACCCACGGAAUUUAAAGAACCUAAAGGGGCAUGAGUCAUAUAUUCUGCAGAGCGCCGUUCUUGCCAAGGUUGUAUGUCUUUUUUCAGCCUACUCAAGUCCAACCCAUUUGGACCCCUUAGAGGUUCUAACCAAGGGGCACGUAAAUCCCAAAAACGCAUAG